AUUAAAAUUUUUUCGAGCUUCCUCUAUAAUUCUAGCGCUCGAAAAACGACUAAUGCUCCAUUCGAUUUGUUUCCUAGUAUCUGUGGACUUGCGAAUCGUUUUGCAUACCGGAUAUCCGAGAAAACGAGAAAAAAAAAAGCCAAUAGGAGAGCUGCAGCGACAUUCGACCGGAUCGAACAAGUCGUCGGAGAGAUCGUCCAUUGAUCGUCAUUGAGUUGCAUCAUCCCCCGUGCGGCACGCGUUUCGCGGGCAAAUUGACGGAUCAAUAUCUCACCCCCACGCGGACCUAAGCCGAGCGGCAUCGGCGAGAAGCGAGAAGCGAGAAGAACGAGCGGCUGCCAAAGUUUCAAGAACGCCGUUGUGAUUCAUGUCGUUUUCGUGGACAGCAAGAGUGUUGCGGUGUUGCUACUAGUAAUUCCUCUGAUCGCUGGCGAUCCUACUAAACGCGAGUGUCUCCCUCGAAUGCGAGCGAACUCGUUCCUGCCGAAUGAGCCCGCGUGACCACCGACUUUCCGCCAGCAACGUGCUAAAGGACACGGCGAGUACUGGUCAGCACGAAAAAUGAUUCAGAGCGUGAUGCGGGGAAUGCAGCGACCGGCGUGUUUCCACAUGAGGAAAACGCUGAUAGAGGAGCGUCAAAACGACACAAAAAUUGCACGUCACAAUCUCGACCCGAUGAAGAGCACGACGAUUGUCACGAGAAUAGUCAGCCUGUAACCUUCCCCGUUUCUUCGAGUAAAUUAGCUCGAUUUUCGAAUCCUGUUGUGUAUCGACGAAGUGCGAAUGUGUGAUGAAAUCAUCACCAUGUUAGAUAAAUCAGGUGCUGCGCCAAAACACUACCUCUGCUACAUGUACAAAAGUAUUGAAGAAUUGAUCGUAUUAGGACUACAAUGAAAAGAUAUAGAUACAUUAUUAUAUUAUAAAAGAAUUAUAUAUAUAUAUAUAUACACACAAUUCAUCCAAGUAUAUAUAAAAAGAAUAUAUAUUCUGAUGGAUAAGCGUUUACAUACAGUAUUAAUAUAAAGUUCUGUAUCAGAAAAGAGAUAGACUCUUCCUUGCUAUGAAAUCCUUAGAAGUCGAUUGACAUUAUUUGUUAUGGAAGCGUUUAAAGAGAAAAAAUGAGAAAGAAUGAUAAUUUAUGCCUAUCAAUUUUUUGACGGAUGCGCACAUGUAGUAGGAGGAUAAACGCAUAGAAGCAUACGACACGCAACAAACACACGCAUCGAAAGCUCAAGCUGAAUAGAUUUAAGUUAGAACGAUGAGUAUACCGUACGAUGAGAACUUAAUCUGGAUAGUAGUGGUCGGCUUUAUAGUGGCAUUCGUACUGGCGUUCGGCAUCGGCGCCAACGAUGUCGCCAAUAGCUUCGGGACGAGUGUCGGUGCCGGAGUGCUCACGAUAUUCCAAGCCUGUAUCCUGGCAACCAUCUUUGAGAUUGCUGGUGCCGUUCUAAUAGGAUAUAAGGUUUCUGACACAAUGCGAAAGGGUAUACUGGAUGUCUCGUUAUACGAGGGCCACGAGAAGGAGUUGAUGCUAGGAGCAUUGUCCAGUCUAGCCGGAUCGGGUAUCUGGCUAUUGUUGGCUACCGCAUUACGACUUCCAAUUUCCGGUACGCAUUCCAUUGUUGGUGCUACAGUUGGAUUCUCGCUCGUGUGCCGAGGUACCGCCGGGGUAAAAUGGAUAGCUCUUGCAAACAUAGCGGCAUCAUGGUUCGCUAGCCCUCUACUCAGCGGGAUCGUGUCUGCUAGUAUCUUUUGGAUCCUGAGAAAAUCCGUGCUUCAGUCUGAUAAGCCGUUUGAACAAGGUCUUAAUAUUCUCCCUAUAGUAUACGGUCUGACCGUUACUGUUAAUAUUAUGUCAAUUCUGCUCGAUGGACCUAAAUUAUUAAUGCUGGACAAGAUGCCAUGGUGGGGUAGCUUGAUAGCUGCAUUGCUGAUAGGCGCAUUCGUUGCGAUGAUCGUGUACAUGUUCGUGGUGCCACAGCAGAGAAUGAGAAUACUCUUAGCAUCGAGCGGCAGCGACGAGAAGGCAACGACAACGACGACGGCGCACUUUGGCCCCUGCCAAGAGAACAGCGAAACGACGGCGUUGUCAGUAAUCUCGGAGAUUCCUUGCGGCGGCAGCAGUAACGGUAACGCAAAACCCGACCUAGCGCCGAAGUUGCGCGGUAAUAGUAGCGAAAGUCCGUUGUUGAUGGUCGCCCAAGUGGAAGCGGAGAACGCACAGAUGGACGGAAUAGUAGAGGACGAAGAACAACCGGAAGUAUCGAAGUUGUUCGCCUUUCUUCAAGUGCUCACCGCGAUGUUCGGUAGCUUCGCGCACGGCGGCAACGACGUUAGCAACGCGAUAGGGCCUCUGAUCGCGCUCUGGGCGGUAUACGCGGAGGGCUCGGCUCGACAGGAAGCCGAAACACCUAUACUCAUAUUGCUGUAUGGCGGCCUAGGUAUUUCUACGGGAUUAUGGGUAUGGGGACGCAGAGUGAUACGAACGUUGGGUCAGGACCUGGCACGCAUCACUCCUACGACUGGAUUCACUAUAGAGGUGGGUGCCGCGGUGACGGUCCUGUUGGCAAGUAAAAUUGGUUUGCCCGUGUCAACGACACACUGCAAAGUAGGAUCGGUGGUGUGCGUAGGAUGGGCCUCGCGAGGUGGCGAGGGGGUGUCGUGGAAGCUAUUUCGCAAUAUCGCGUUCGCAUGGCUGAUCACUGUACCGAUGGCCGGCUGUUUGUCCGCCGGUUGCAUGGUCAUUUUCCGCGAGAUAAUUAGUUUGUGAUCUUUUGCAGUAGCGAAUGACCGAACUGCGUUAUUAAACGCAGAAAAUCAUCCAAAUACUACUGUUGUCAAUAAGUUCUGAACAAAUAAAUGGUCAAACAGAGAAA